GGAGGUUGGCGUUGCCCGGGGAAUCGGAUCCCUGCUCCGUUGUGGAAAGCCGACCGCCGGGACAAACUUGCUCUCAAACUUUUAUGGGCGCUGCUUCUCAGCGCUGUAACUUUGCUUAUUUCUGUGGGCUUUUCUUACCGUGUUUUUUUUUUUCCGGAAAGCUCCUGAAGCCCAGCCGAGUCCCAGAGCCAUGGAGGUAGCGAUGUCUAAGGACCUACAACAGGAGGCCAACCUAGCCAAGAAGCGGUACAUGGACCUGUGCAGGCAGGGACGGAUCUUCGACGCCAGGAACAGGAUCAUUGGGGGAGACACACAAGCCUGGGAUUUUCAAGUCCGUGACCAGAAGAUAAAAGAAAUAACUGACAAAGCUAGGCAUGAAGCCUUUGCUGCUGAAAUGAAGCACAAUGACAAAGUCAUGUGCAUCGCACAUGACCGGGAACAGAGGCACAGGAAACAGCUGUGUAGAGCGAUCAAUGACUUCCAGCAGAACUUUCAGAAGCCAGAAACUCGACGUGAGUUUGAUCUUUCUGACCCCCUGGCCCUCCAGAAAGAGCUUCCGGCCCGAGUUUCAGACAAUGACAUGCGGAACACCAUAUCAGGAAUGCAGAAGUUCAUGGGAGAGGAUUUAAACUUCCAAGAGAGGAGGAGGUUCCAAAAGGAACAGAGCAGAGAAUGGUUUCUGCAGCAGCAUGGGGAAAGGGAGAAAGCCCGUGCUGACCACAUACUGGCAGAACGCCUCCACACUCAGGCAAGACUCAAGUUUGAUGAAACAGCCCGAGAGUUGCUGAAGCUGGAAGGCUCCACCAGGAAGGAAAUCUGCGCAGCCGUGAAAGCGUUCAAUAAGAACCAGGUUGUGGAGUUGACAGAAAGAAAGAGGCAAGAGAAACAACAAGAACAAGAAGACAACAUGACCGAGAUCACCAACCUGCUGCAUGGGGGCCUGCUUUCUGAGAACCCUCGGCAGGUGGCCAGCUCCUUUGGGCCUCACCGUGUGGUCCUUGACCACUGGAAGGGCAUGAACCGAGAGCAGCUAGAGGAGAUCUGGUUCACGCAGAAGCAGCAAAUCCAGGAGAAGCUGAGGCUUCAGGAGGAAGAACGCCAGCACAGCAUGGACUGGGAUCUGCGCAGGAUCCGGAAGGCUCAUGCCAGCCUGCUGCAUGAGCGGCAGCAGCAACGCUUGCUGCGGGAGCAGCGCAGGGCCCUGGACUGCAGCAACCUCAACCUGGCCAGGCAGCAGUACUUACAGAAAAAACAAAUGAAUACAGCCUCCUCAAGCCAGCCCACAGAAGACUAUUUCUCACAGUUUAAUACAAGGAGCCGCUGAGAGAACCGACUCUGCUUCCCCUGUUUAUAGUAGUUCCUCUAGGAGUCACGCCUAUUUCAAAGUGAAUCUGCUCCUUGGUCUGAACACCCCGUAUGGGCAUGUGCACAUGCGGUCAGGCUCUGCUCUGUGAAGAGCUCUAGCAUGGCUUUGGGUGCUGUGGACAUAGGACACGGUGAACCAUUCCAGAGAGGCUACACCGAGGCCUGAGUGCUGCUCAAGCUCCAAGCUGGCUGCUCAGUCAUUCUCUGACUCAGUGACUGAACAUCAUAGGUGUUGUUCCGUGUGCCCCAUGAAGCACUUCUUCCUCGGAUUCUCACCAUAAAGAGGCACCAACCUGCUUACCACUCCC